AUGACAACUGUAAGACAGAGAAAGGUUGGAAAAGGCACGGAAGCAGAUGAAGAUCAGCCUUCAGAGGAGAAGAAUGUGAAGCCUGAUGGGAAAAUUCUGUCUGAUCAUACAGGUAGAAAGCUGUGGAACAUACUCUCAAUAACUGUUGGUGGAAUUGUUGCCAUCUCUCUUGGACUUCUUACUUCUGUUUAUGUUGCUACACUUCAUGAAAAUGACCUGUGGUUUUCCAAUAUUAAGGAAGUUGAAAGAGAAAUUUCAUUCAGAACAGAGUGCGGACUUUAUUAUUCCUACUACAAAGAGAUGAUUCAGGCUGCUUCCAUCCAGCAAGGUUUACAUGGUUUAGUAUAUGACAAUAAAACUGAAUCUGUGAGGACAAUUAACAUACUUGAAAGAAUGAAUGUUUACCAGGAGGUGUUUCUCAGCAUUCUGUAUAGGAUUCUUCCAAUUCAGCAAUACCUAGAGCCCGUUUAUUUUUAUAUCUACACUUUGUUUGGACUUCAGGCAGUUUAUGUCAUUGCUCUGUAUGUAACAAGCUGGCUUCUUAGUGGAACAUGGCUUUCAGGGUUGUUGGCAGCUUGCUGGUACAUUACGAACAGAAUAGAUACUACAAGAGUAGAAUUCACCAUUCCUUUAAGAGAGAACUGGGCACUACCAUUCUUUGCUGUUCAGAUAGCAGCCAUCACAUACCUACUCAGAACUCAUUUACAGCCUGUUCAAGAAAGAUUGACACUUACGGCUGUAUUCAUAGCAACAUUUCUCUUUAGCCUGACUUGGCAAUUUAAUCAGUUUAUGAUGCUGAUACAGGCACUGGCGUUAUUCAUACUGGACUGCUUUGACAUGCUUCCCACAGCAAAGGUUGUGUGGCUGUAUGUCAUUCAGAUUUCUGGAUUACUGCUAGUCUGUGUCCUACAGUUCUUUAAUUCUAUGAUUCUUGGAUCAUUACUCAUAAGUUUUAAUGCUUCUGUCUUGAUAGCAAGAACAAUCCAGAAAAACCUAAAGAAGGGUGGUUUGCUUAAUAGGUUUGGGAAACUUAUCCUCCAUGUACUAUUAGUCUUGUGCUUGACUCUCCUAAUAAAUAAGCUCAUCAAGAAAACUCUUAAUCUUGAGUCAGAUGAGCACAUAUUCAAAUUCCUGAAAGCAAAAUUUGGAUUUGGAGCAACAAGAGAUUUUGAUGCUAACCUGUAUCUUUGUGAAGAAGCUUUUGGUUUACUACCGUUAAAUACUUUUUCAAGACUCUCGGAUACAUUACUUUUUUAUGUCUACAUAUUUGUUCUCUUCCUUAUGACAGUAGCAGCUGUAAUUGUUGCCUUUCGGAACCUCAGUGGUUCAAAUCAAGUCCAGUUCGUGGAAAAAAUGGAAGAAUGCACAAUAACACUGAAGCCUGAUGCUGCUUACAACUUAAUUCACACAGUUCUUUUUGGAUGUCUGGCAUUAAGCACAAUGAGAAUGAAGUACCUCUGGACAUCCCACAUGUGUGUAUUUGCAUCUUUUGGCCUGUGCAGUACGGAAGUAUGGAAACUCAUCCUGAAGUGUAUUCAUCUCUACACAUCACAGAGGACACAUGUGAUUAAGUAUUCUGUACCAAUAAUUACAUUACUAUACAUUUCAUAUAAGUUCUGGCCAGGAAUAAUGGAUGAACUGUCAGAGCUGAGAGAAUUCUAUGACCCAGACACUGUGGAGCUGAUGAACUGGAUUAAGUCAAACACUCCAAACACAGCAGUGUUUGCUGGGAGCAUGCAGCUAUUAGCAGGAGUCAAACUGUGCACUGGACGGACCUUAACUAAUCAUCCCCAUUAUGAGGAUAAGAAUCUGAGAGAGAGAACAAAACAGAUUUAUCAAAUCUAUGCCAAGAGAUCUCCUGAAGACGUUCACAGAAUACUGCGAUCCUUUGGCACAGACUAUGUGAUCCUAGAAGACAGUAUUUGUUAUGAGAGAAGACACAGUAGAGGCUGUCGGUUACGUGAUUUACUCGAUGUAGCUAACGGCCAUAUCAUGGAUGGUUUGGGAGAGAAUGAACCUGAUUUGAAACCUGCGUUGUAUCCUCGCUUCUGUGAGGAAAUUAAAAAAACCCUGCCUUCUUACACCAUGCAUUUCACUAGAGUGUUUCAAAACAAAACAUUCCAUGUUUACAGACUUACUAAGCAUAAAUAACAUUUCCAACCAUGGCUUCCAAUUCAGUAUUUUAAUGCUAGCACCUGCAUUAGAAAAUGCAGAAGAAGUUUACAAACAUGUUACAUUGGUAAGACAUUUUACAUUGAUGGCUUCUUGUUUAAUUACUGUGAUUCAUAUUUUUUUUUUAGACAGUUUAGUUUUGAUAA